UUAUGUUAUUAUUACUACUAAUAUUGUCUUUUUUUUAGCUGAGAAAAGGAUUUUCUACAUAUAAAUGUUCUCUCGAAAUGACAUAUCCAAAAUUGCGGUGUUGAUUCUAUGCAACUUUCACUCUACAUAAAAAGUCUUGUUAUCGUAACACCUCAAAAACACAGUUCAUGUCAGUAACAAAAUUAUCAAUCUUUUACAUUAACAGCUUUACUGCAACAAAUCGGGGUGAGAUUGAUUUAAAGGCAAUAUCUUUUAUGCAUUAGUAGCUAAUAUAUUAUAAAGAAUCUAAAUGUCUUCUGAACCUUAUAUUUAAUCUACUACUAUCCUCCCUCACAUGCUCACUUUUUUUUACUUUUUUUUUGUCAUGUGUUACUAUUUUAAACCUUUAAUUUAUAUUCUCUUAUAUUUUAAAUAUUCUGACAAAUCGCUAUAUGUAAUGUCGAUGUGCAAAAAUAUACUCAUUAAGAAAGUAUUAAUAGAAAAAAAGCGGGAGACAGAAUCUCGAUCGAUUAUGGCUUGCCUACCACAGAAUUAUAUUCAAAUACCAAAACCCUUAAAUUACAUUCAGUGGUGUGAAAGAAAAUUAAAAAAGAAUAAUAAUAAUUAUAGACCAGAAAGCUAUUAAGUUAAGAAAUUGUGUAAUGGCGGCAAUUUUAAACUAGACUUAUUGGUCAAAGUGGAUUUGAUUUCUUUUUUUGUUGUGGUGGCAAUGUGGACAGAAAUAAAAAAGUCGUAAAAAACUAUAAAAAAUUUUUUACCAGUUGGAGAAUUUAUUGGAAAGAAUUUUGUUUUUUAUAAAUUUGAAUAAAACAUACGUUAAAAAAAAUGUGAAUAUAACCAGUCAAGAUGGCUAUUAUAGUAAAUCGUCUACCGGUUUAUUAGCUUCUAGGUUGACAUUCACGACAAGAAAGUAAAACAUCCGCCUAUUUUCAUAGCAGACGUGAAAGAAACUUAUGCCAUACGUUUUAAAAACUUCUGUUUUCAACGGCACAAAAAGAAGAUAGUCUAGUGCUAUUAAUGUGACGUUAAAAGUAAUCUAUGACACUAAAAAAUUAAAGUUGAUCAAUGUACGCCCAACAAAGCUCCAAAAAUCUCAGGGGGAUUAUGAAUCAAUGUUGGCCUAUCUAUAGUUACUCCCUAUCUAGACACGACUAUUUAUUUGAAGAUACAAUAUUGCUUUUAAUAGCUUAUUGAAUGAUUUCUGACUACUUUGAAACAAUUAUUGACGUGAGAAAAUUCCAGCGUCGCUGUAUCUUAGCUGAGACACCUCUUGUAACUAGGGGAGGGGUAUAAUUCUUUAUAUCAGAUUUAUUCUGAUCACUGAUACAAAAAUAAUCAAUUUUCUUGCAAUAUGUGAAUAUAUACAAUUUUACAAAUCCAAGUAUUAAAAUGGCCUUUGUACUUGCAUUUCAUGUCUUAGAUUAUAUCAAGAUUUUUGUUUAACAAAAAUUCGUGAAAUGUUUCAGCAAACAGCUAGUUAAAACCUAACUUUCUAUAUAUACAUUUAUAUUGAGCAACUUUGAUAACGUGUGAACAUGACAUAACGCAUCUUAGAAAAAAUAUUAUAUAUUUUACGCCUAUUUUAUAGAAUUUCUUAUUUUUUCUUCCAACUUUUGCCCUCCCUUUAUUGUGCACGAUAAACAAUGACGCCGUUGAAAAACAUAGUUUUUAGUACUAUAUAUAUAUGUGAUUAACCAACAUUGUAUUGUUCUACUCCGUUUUUAUAACAAUAAGAGAAGGCGGAGCAGUUAAUUACACGAAUCUUGUCAAAAAAAAGAUUUAGCCACUAAUUAACCAUAAUUAAUAUAGUCAUUUAUUAUAUAAAAGCAAAAUCAAUACUCUAUUACACCAUUCAUUGUAGAACUCGUUAUCUGCAAACAUCAACUAGCUGUUUAGCUAUGAUACCUAUGGUCGAAUCAACGAAUAUCCUCUCGCAUAAUAUACAGAACAGCCAAGAGCAAGUACAUAAUAUUAUGUGUACUAACACCACGCAAGACUUAUUUCAAGACAACGCUUACCGUCAAUUUGGUCAACCAUAUCCGUCAUACAAAGGGAAUAUGGGAUACCCAUUCUUCAGAUUUGCACAAAAUAAUCAUCAAGCUCCCGCAGAGGCGAAGCAAGAAGUAUCAAAAGUGACCCUUGCAUGUGCACAAGUAUGGUUGGAGCACCAAGGUUUGUGGAGACGCUUUAGUAUGUCUGGUAACGAAAUGAUUAUCACUAAAAUGGGAAGGAUAGUUGCUAAACCACAUCAGCAAAGCUUUAGUAGAUUCAAAGGUAAAAAAGAGAGAAGCAUUAGAAUAGGGUACAAACAAAAACCUGCAUAUGAUAUGCAUUCUUUACAAAAUAUCGGACAUCAUAAUUUAUGUCAUCUAAUUGCUUUUGGUUGUCAUGAUAAAAUACCGACUCUUCUUUUUUGUUGUCAAAACAAGAAUGUUACGCUGUUUUAUGAUGGUGAUUUGAAUGGUCAAUCACCCCAGGAUGAUCUUGUAUUGACAACAUCAGCAGACAUAAGAUUAAAUGCUUAUAAAUUUGCGCAUGCUUCAAAAGUGACUAAUCUUUCUUUGAUAGGUCAUAAAAAUGUUUUUGGUCGGAAAAAGAUGGUCUCCAAAAGCGUAGGAUGUUACAUUAGUCGGUUUAUAAAUCAUCAAAUUAUCGCCCACUCAAUCCUUAGUGAACACCGUGUUGGAUAUGAUGAUUUUAAAAAGUUAGUAUCAGAACUACUGUCAGUAGCCUUUCAUAACCACAAUGAUAAUAUUAUUAGUAACAAGGGUUCAGAAAAUCCGAUUAAUUUUAAAUUAACAGCAAGCUCAGUCAUAAACAAGAAUGAUGCAGCAUUAUGGGUAGUAACAUUUAGAAAAUUAACGUGGAGAAUGUUUCCAGUUCUUGCCUUUGGUGUAUUUGGCUUAAACCAAACAGACUUAUACUCCAUGGAAGUUGAAGUAAUUCCGGCUGACAAUAACCGUUACAAAUACGUCAGCGUCAGCGGUUGGCGUGUUAAUGGUGUGGCUUCAGAGCAUGAAGGAAAUAAACGUAUGAUCCAUCCUGAUGGUUGCCAAACUGGAGAAUACUGGCAAAGAAAUGGUAUAGCCUUUAAAAGGAUUAAACUAACUAACAAGAAGAGUGCAAAAGAAGGCUCCAACCAGAUUGUCCUUAAUUCUAUGCACAAAUACCAAAUACAGAUCGUGAUCAAGCAACUGAAUGAAAAAAAAGAGACGAUUGACACUCGUAAGGUGUUAUUCAAAGAAACAGCAUUUAUCGCUGUAACUGCUUAUCAAAAUGAUGACAUCACACAGCUAAAAAUAGAUCACAAUCCCUUUGCAAAAGCGUUUCGUGACAGCACAGGCGACGUCGGUGACCACUCUCCUUCGGCUGAUGAUAUAUACACGCUAUCGCCCAAACGUCGCAGAUAUAGCGACAUGAAUGUAAUGACGCCAUCUCCGACGUUGUUCCAUCAGGAUUACUCACCAAACUUUAAACACUCAAUGAACUAUAACUUCGGUCAAUACUCACCUGAUAAUGCGUUCAUGUCACACGAUACAGAAAAAGCAUAUCGAAAAAUGUUCACAUUUGGUGCAACGUCUUGCGUCAAUAAUAGAAACUUCGAAACCAUGACAAAUACAACAUAUAAUACAGGACUAAAUUUCCCAACAGCUUCUUGGUUACCUAAUAUGGCCUUUCAAGGGAAUGAUUUUGAUCACUUUAACAAUAACGACAAUAAUAACGUCGUGACGAACAACAACAAUAUGUGGGAAUUUAAAAUUGAAGAUCAAGUGCUACCGAACUGCAGAGUUUCAUCACUACCUGCGAAUUGAAACAACGUUUUUGGAACAUCCAUGCUUCGUUCUGCUGGGCAGACAUCAUCUAAGCUUGUUGUAUACACACACAUGCAAGAUUAGUGUAAUAGCUGGCUACACAUUAUAUGACAUAUCCAGUUUGACAGUUCAGAUAUGUGUCCUAUGGUAGACGUUGACGUCUGCUGUGCACACAAGAAAAGUGAAAAAGACGUGGUACAAUAUAUUUAAUAAUAUAUUUAUUAUAUUUUAAUUACAAAUGUUUCGUUUCCCUAGAUUUUGUUAACCCAAACCUUUGCCAGCCAAGUCAUCAAAAUUAAAAUUUAGCUUAAGAGGAGUUAUUUAAGUUUUACGAUUCAUUUCAAACAAACAAUUUCCUAGCUUUUCUGCGCAUGAAAACAUUAAAUGACAGAUGACUAAUUAUCCUUCGUACUACAGUUUAGGAUCGCAACUUGCACGAAUUGUUAAUAAAACUACACGUGCAAGGUGAUCAACAUUCCUCUCGUAAAUAUUGGCCCUCGUGGAUUUUUUCUUAUUUUUCAAUCAUUCACCAUAAUUGUCAAUUAUUUUAUCACACUUAUUUAAUAAUCUUACCUCUUAAUUCCUGUAUUUGUUGUUUAUCUUUUUUCAAAAUGCUUUGGGUACAAAUUACAUGAAAUAUAGUGCACCAAAGCUAAUGUAAGCAAGCACGUUAUCAUUUUUGAUUGAAUAUUAUUUUAUUAUUAUAAAGGUUGAUGUAGAUUAUAGCUUUUAGUGAAAAUACCGAUUGAAAUAUAUAUAAAUAAUUUUGAAAGACAUAAAUCACACUUCUUUUAUUGAGUAUAAAUGAAAUCAUGCUUGAGUAUAAAUGAAAUCAUGCUUAUAGACACUAUAUCAUAAUAUAAAAAAAAAUGAUAAACGUUGCCGCUGAGACUGUAAGAACACAGGACUUGGUUUCGUUUCCCGUUUGCGCAAUUGUCUGUAUCAUGACUUUUUCUUGGCCCAUAAUAUAAACAAAAACUUCAGAGGUGCGAUAAUUUAUUCAGACAAGUACAUUUUUUAAGUGGUCAAAAUUCUAUAACCCUAUAUUCAAUAUUUGUUGAGCUAAACGUUCUUUUUGCCAUUUUCUCAAAUUUCCAAACAUCGUUGCCUGACCAGUACUGUGCAAACAAUAGUUUUACUUUUGCAGGGGAAUGUGGUAAAUUCACAACGUACUUUAUGUUAACGAUGUCUUUAUUGACAAACAAAGUAACCUUUGACAUGCUUUGGACUUAUCUAGAUAGAGAUGGAGCUCUGAAUGGCUCCUGGUAACGAUCUUUGAAAUUACUCAUUUUAUUCAACUAUUUUGUGUGACCAGGGUUGUAGAUAAGAGCCUAAUGUUGCACAUCAAAUUUCUAUUAUGAUUCUAAUAGUUAUCAUAAUUUUCCUAACAAAACUACCCUCCUAUUAAAAUCAUCAUUUUGCAACGCCAACUCUAACAUACACAACUACCUAAUACACAACGCCCUCUAUUAAACAUUUUUGUCCAACAAAAAAACCCUUAAUACACAUGGCCAACUAAUAUACGUCGUCUUCCAUUAAACAACUCAACCUCAAAUACGCUGCCAUCUGAUAAACAACGCAAUCUUAACUUCGCCCUUUAAUAAAAACGCCGUCAUCUUAUAUACGCCGGCCCCCAUCAAACGUCGUCAUCUAAUGCAUAGCUAAAUUACAUCGUUUCUGAAAAAAAAAAACGUUUUCCGCCACCAGUAUACUUUGUGUUUUUAUUACCACUAGUCGAUAAGCCUGCAAAAAACUCCCUUAGGCAAAAAGUAAUUAAAAUCAUUCGUCAUUUGAAGAUUGAUGACGGCAGUAAAGAAUCAUCGAUAUGUAAUUUUUUAAAAACAAAUGUCUUUACUUAUUGGCUUCAUUGUGUAAAACUAUAAACGCUUAUAACGACAUAAACCGGCCUGUUGCAAAAUGGUCGGGCUGACCCAGCUUUACUAGAUUGGUCUCUUCUUGGUCUCAGGUAGUCUUUAGUUAUUCCUUCAGGAAAUGGCGUCAGUUAUUUUCACCUGUUUCUAAGUUAUUUAACUUUAAAAUUAUGACUGCAAUGCAAUGACUUCGCCAAACAUAAUA